UGGUCAAUUCUUUGGUUGGUGUCCACGUGUUCCAUUUAGCACACUGGACAAGACAUCUGAUACCUGAAUAAUUAUGUUCAGGAGCAAAGCAUUCGGUCUGUUAAAACCGAUUCCCUCAAUGUCUGGCCAGCCAAAUUUGGCUUAUAAAUUUAUUCAUCCAGCUAUUGCUUCUCAUGGAUAUCACUGUCACAGGAGAAGUGUGGAUUACAGACAGAGGUACAAGACAUGCCCAGGUAGUGCUGGAGGACGAACAGUAAGCGCUCCUCAGACCAAGGUCAUGGCAGAAGAGUUGCCAGGUGUUUUGAUUCUGGAUAUAGGAGGAACUCAUGGUGUGCUAGAAAACCUUGCAGCACUUUUGAAGAAACACUUUCGCCUUAUCACCAUGAAGGAAUUUCUUGAAAACAAAAAAGAAAUGAGCAAAAAAAUCCAAUCUGUUUUCGUGUUUGAGUGCAGGCCAACUAUUGACCAGGAGCUUCUAGAAAGCCUGCCUAAUUUAAAAGUAAUUGGAAACUCUGGGGUUGGAGUUGAUCACUUAGACUUGAAAAUGAUUUCUAACUUUGGCGUAAAAGUGACCAACACCCCACAGGCCGUGGCAGACCCAACAGCAGACAUAGGAAUGGCCUUGAUGCUGGCCUCUGCCAGAAGACUAGUGGAAGGCUGCCAGACUGCGGUUUCUCCAGACACGAAGUAUUUUCCUGUUGACUGGCUGGGAGUGGAAGUAACCAGAGCGACGCUUGGGAUCAUCGGGAUGGGCAGCAUUGGGUACAGAGUGGCUCAGAGAGCCAGAGCCUUCGACAUGAGGAUCCUGUACCAUAACAGGAACCGGAGAAGAAAGGAGGAGGAAGAGGCAGUUGGUGCCCACUACUGUGAGAAGAUGGAAGACUUGCUGCAGCAGUCUGACUUUGUUAUGUUGGUUGUGAACCUGACUCCUGAGACUCACAAACUGAUCGGGAAAAAGGAGCUGGGGCUGAUGAAACCCACAGCUACUCUUGUAAACAUCAGCCGAGGUGCAGUUAUUGAUCAAGAUGCAUUGGUAGAAGCUCUCCAGAAUAAGGUUAUUAGGGCUGCUGCUCUGGACGUGACAUACCCUGAGCCUCUGCCAAGAGAUCAUCCUUUAUUAAAAUUAAGUAACAUCAUCAUAACCCCUCACAUUGGAACCGCAACCGUCCAAGCUACCCGUAUGAUGGCAGAAGAAGCAAUAGCAAAUAUGCUGGCUGUUCUCAAUGGCCAACCCAUUCCAAGUGAAGUGUUUCCCAAAUGAUGUGUGCCAGAUGAUAUCACUAAAUCUCAUAUGCAUGGGAAGGCACUAUUUCUUACAAUACCACUUUAAAAAAAAGCAACCUGUUCUGCACUGCUCUUGUUGUCAUGAUACUGCAAAGCUGUCAUCUCACUAGACUUGAUCUGUACUGUUAUUUAUAAUUCUGAAAAAUUAAGUGGAACUAAUAAAAGGGA